AUGACUAUCCUUUACGCGUUCGGUUCCAAUGGCAACGGUCAACUUGGAGUAGGCCACACUGACGACAUUAACACCCCAACGCCAUGCAUUGGCAUUCCAGACACUGAGACAAUCCUCAAGGUGGUGGGUGGUGGCAAUCAUACAGCUGUUUUGACACAAAGUGGCCGAGUGUUCCUUGCUGGGCAAUGGCAUACCAGUAACGACAUGACGACAACAACCUUUAUCGAACCCGAAUGUGUACAAGGACGACACUGGCAAGACGUUGCUUGUGGUUGGUCAUUCACAAUCCUCAUUGAGCGAGAGACUGGACGUGUAUAUGGCUUUGGAACGGCACGAUCGGGUGAACUUGGUUCUAUGACAAAAGACCCAGGGCUGGUAGCUAUCGAUACUGUACCACCAUUAGCGAUGGUCGAUUGUGGAUGGCGGCAUGUAGUCGGCCUUGGUCGAGAUGAUGGAUGUGUUUACGGCUGGGGAUGGGAUCGACAUGGCCAACUAUUGAAGCGUAUCAACAUCAAACCACACAUCCAGCAGCCUAAUGCAUUAUUGUCAGCUAAUAGCACACCCUCCAAGAUCCGACAAAUUGCAUGCGGUCAUUUAUUUACGGCGUUGUUGACAGAGGAUGGCACAGUUUACGGAUUCGGGUCCAACAAGUAUGCACAACUUGGAGAUGGCGAACUACAGCAGGGUGAUGAUGACUUGAUCCAAAUCGAUAAAGGAGUUUCAUUAAUAUCUACUGGAUGGCACCACAUUGCUAUGGCAAAACCAGAUCAUGCACAUAGCUUGGUAUCUAUUCACAACAAAGGACGUAACGACCAUGGACAAAUGGCAGGGCAAGAUCAUUCUAUGCAUGUGGAUUAUUUCGUGUGUGGCUCGGAGCACAUGUUGGCACUCAAGCAAGGCAAGGUGUAUGCAUGGGGAUGGAACGAGCAUGGUAAUUGUACAUCCACCCAAGAAGAUGUUUUACAGCCUAUCGAGGUUCAACUCCCAAAGCAAGGCACAGUGACUAUCAUUGGCGCUGGAUGUGCUACUUCAUGGAUAGGAAUAGCAUAA